GCCAUCACCGUGGCAAGGCCGGCAGGACGCGCAAUGCUGCCUGUCCUGCUGAUCCUCUCAGGCCUGGGCCGGCUGACCUCCGCCGGCCAUCAUCCUGAAACAUCACUUCUACAAAUUACAGUGCCACGGAAGAUAGAGACAAACACCGAUGGUGAAGUUUCAGAAACUCAUGUCAUGUAUGCCAUCAAAAUUGACAGGAAAACAUAUACUCUCCAUCUUGAAAUACAGUCAUUUUUAGACCCUCAUUUCCUGGUGUAUGCAUACAACAAAUCAGGAGUAUUGUAUCCAGAUUCUUCAUUUACAAAGGGCCAUUGCUUUUAUCAAGGAUACACCGCAGAGAUUCCAAAAUCAGUUGUGACACUUAGCACUUGUUCUGGACUCAGGGGAUUAUUGCAGUUGGAGAAUGUCAGUUAUGGCAUUGAACCAUUGGAAUCUGCAGUUGCAUAUGAGCAUAUGCUUUAUCAAAUAAAUAAUGAUAAAGUUGAUUUUUCUCCCUUACAAGAAAAUUAUUCUAUCACCCAAUUGGUAGAUCCAUCCUACAGGAUUCUUGUGAAAUCAGAAAAAGAUUCGGAUGCAUUAUUGAACAGAUUUCUGAAAAUACAAAUCAUUAUGGAUAAAGCCUUGUUUGAUUAUAUGGGCUCUGAAGUGCCAGGUACAGUUGAGAAAGUUGUCCAUAUCUUUGGUCUUAUCAAUGCUAUGUUUUCCCAGCUUAAAGUCACUGUUAAGCUAACUUCUUUGGAGUUCUGGUCAGAUCAAAAUAAGAUUUCAACUAAUGGGGAUGCUGAUGAAGUACUACAAAGAUUUGUGUCAUGGAAAGAAAAAAGUUUAUUUCAAAGGUCUCAUGAUAUGGCAUACUUAUUAAUUUAUAGAGACCAUCCUAAUUAUGUAGGAGCAACAUAUCAUGGAAUGGCAUGCAAUCCAAAGUUUGCUGCAGGAAUUGCUCUGUAUCCAAAGAUGAUAACUUUAGAGGCAUUUUCAGUUGUUAUGACACAGUUGCUUGGAGUUAAUCUGGGAUUAACAUAUAAUAAUGACAUCCUCACUUGUUACUGUCCAGGAACUACAUGCAUAAUGAACCCUGAGGCAAUACGUUCCCAUGGUGUGAAGUUUUUUAGCAGUUGCAGCAUGAAUGAAUUUAACCGUAUGGUUUCACAGCCUGAAUUUGAAUGUCUUCAGAAUCAAAUAGUUUCAGAAGUGUCUUACCAAGAUAAAAAUACACUCUGUGGCAAUGGUAUUUUGGAACCGCCUGAGGAAUGUGAUUGUGGUCGUUCACAGCCAUGCAAAUUUGAAAAAUGCUGUGAUACUGAACACUGUACUCUGAUUGAACCUGCAGAGUGUGGCACUGGACCAUGCUGUGAUAAAAAUACUUGUCUGCUCUCUGUAAAGGGAACUAUAUGUCGACAAAGCCAAGAUCUGUGUGAUUUUCCAGAAUUUUGCAAUGGAACAUCUGAGUUUUGUGUACCUGAUGUGAUAUCUGCUGAUUUACAACCAUGCAAUAAUAACACUGCCUAUUGCUUUCAAGGAAUAUGCCAAGAUACAGAUAGACAGUGUGCAGAGUUAUUUGGAAAAUUUGCAAAGGGUUCUACUUCUCUAUGUACACAAGAAGUGAAUCUUCAGGAAGAUGAUUUUGGAAACUGUGGACGAAAGUAUUGUAAUUUUAAGGAUAUCCUUUGUGGAAAGAUAGUUUGCCACUGGACACGUUUAGAAGUAAUACCAUUUAAAAAAUUUGAUGUUCAGUAUACUUACAUGGAAGGCCAUGUGUGUAUCUCCGCAUAUUUAAGAAUACCAACAGCACAUGUAACAGAUGAUAUUACGUAUACAGCGAAUGGCAUUAUGUGUGGUCCAAAUAUGUUUUGUGACCGGGGACGGUGCACUCCUAAGGAUUCAUACUCAAAGAGAGUAAAUUGUGACUCAGUUACAAAUUGCAGUGGAAAUGGGGUUUGCAAUAAUUUGCUUCAUUGUCACUGUGAUGUUGGAUAUACUCCUCCAUAUUGUAAACCAUCACCAUUAUCACCAGGAGGAAGUAUUGAUAAUGGGUUUUGGAGUAAAGGAAGUUAGUAUCCAGAUGAGUGUGUUUCAAAGAGCUUUCUCCCCUUUCAGAAAUG